AUGAAGCAUGAUCUGCUCUUUCCGGCAUUUGUGGGUACAGUGUUAAUGUUUUUGGUGCUUCCUAAUGCGGCGGGUACAACCUUAAGGUAAGUUUCUUGAAGAUUUCUUACUUUGUUUAUCAAAAUAACGUCUGAUUCGACAUUCUAAAAAUACUGGUAUAGAAAUACGAAAUGUCAAAGAAGAGAAAAUGCCUUUUUGGCCGAAACUGCUUGCAUUUUACGCAUUUAUGGGACUACUGAAGAAUUUUCGGCGUUGAUAUCUGUAAAGAUUGUAAAUUGUGUUAUGUGAACAGAUCAAGAAAUAAAUACUGUGUUUGUUUUGUUAUUCCACAUUCAGCAAGGCAGAUCAGCCAGGAGUUUCUUUUCAAGACUGUAAUGGAACUGACUGGAAGAAAACUUAUCCUAACCUGGAUUUUGUACUUCUUGGUUACGAUAUCCUGCAAGGCAAUCCCAUUGCCAAAUACGACCCUGGCUUUACCCAUCCAAUAUUCAGAGCCGACUACUCAGAGCAACGACAAAGUGCGGACUGUCGUUACAGGUUCCCAGCAAGUUUCACAGUUUACCCCAGCCAGUUUUGCUCGGUGUCAUUUGCGUCUAGACUAGUUCAGAAUAAGAAAGAUAUGACCAAACUCCUUGGAGCCUCGGCACGUGUCGAAGGUGAGCUUAUAUCACGUAACCAUUAGCAGUCCCUGCUUUUUGGUGAGGUCCAUCGCACGAGUCAAAGAACACAAAAAUCAGUGGGAAAAAAAACUAAUGUUUGCGUGCCGCACAGAACCCCGUGGGUGAAGCGCACGAAAAGUGGGAACUACUGUGAAAUUCUAGUCCCAAUCGGGCAUAACCAACGACAUUCCUGAUCUUACUGUCCUAUCAAUCUUUAUGUCAUCUCAACACGAGGGAGAUCUUUAUUGAAAAGAUCACUUUUUCCCAUGCGGGUGUGUACACAGAACUUGCCCUCCCCCCUUCGACAAUGUUAGUAAAAUUAAACAGUCACUACGUCCUGGUUUAUUGUUGGGGAAGAGGGGUGGGGGAGGGGGGAGUUAAAUUUUAGUACUAUCACGUUAAGUGUUCCAAGACUUUUCACAUCCAUUGUACCUGCUCAGGCCUUUCAGAAAAUCACAGAAUGGACUUCGAAUCAGAACAUUCUAAGUUAUUAGAUUAUUAUCAAUCAAUCCCUGAGACUUACAAUAGACCCAGACUUCAAUUCAAAUAUAAAUAAAGUAAAUGCUGUCCAUACUUUAGGGUUCUGACCAAAACUACCUAAGAACUAAAAGUUAUUAAGAAUUCUUCUAUCUUUGAUCUCAAGUUGCUGCCAUUAAUGUCAUUAUGUAUUCAGGUGGAGGAGAAUUGGAAUUUCAGUUUUCUGCCAGUGCAGACCUCAAAAGAGAAGUAGCUGAAAUGAAAUCGGGAAAGUAUGUGCGAAUCAUUUCUAGUGCACAGUGUCAGCGUUAUCGCAGUAACAUUGACCUGGCGAGGCCUCCACCGUUUGAUCCAGGUUUUAUUGAGUGGGCAAACAAACUAGCAGAUUCAAGUGCUAGUGAAGGAGAUGUUUUACAAUUCAUAAAAUACUACGGAACUCACUUCUUCUCAGACGUCACAUUUGGAGCAAAGUUCAUUCAAAGCCACAAGAUAAGUCAAGCAGAUCUAGAGAAAUUAAAGAAGGAAUCAAUGAGUGUGGAAGCCCAGGCGAGCUACUCGGCUCUAUUCAGUGUCGGCGGUGGAUCGUCCAUGGAUAGCGAUCAAAGAAACGCUGUAACAAAGUUUAUGAAGAAUGUAGAUUGCACGACCACCCCCGUUGGGUCCGUCCCACCCAGCAAUGGAGACGCUGCGACUUGGGCAACAUCAGUUCAAUCGAACCCUGUCCCUGUUAUGUACACUCUGCUUGGUAUAGAGAACCUGUUCAGCGAUCAUUUUACCAGAAAUCUUUCACCUAAAGUUAGCUACGUUGGUCUAAAGAAGAAAUUGGCUGAUGCUGCGUAUAAACACUGUCAGGUUUUGAGGAAGCAUGGUAAAGUCCCCUCUUGCAGCUUUAAAGUUAAGAUUGAAGGACAUGGAAUUGGAUUUGAAGAUAAAGGUGAGACUACUUUGGCAAUUUUGAGCCUACAGUUAACGAAACAUUCAAAUAUUUUUCCCUCCAUUCUUUUUUCCGUUUCAUUGGUACCUCUUUGAUUACACUGUACAUUACACACCUAACCUAUUGAGCGUUCAGGAGCACGGAUGGAAAAAUGAUUCAAUAUCCCGCUGUAUUGUAAAUCUGAUUUCCUCUUCGUUUCAUUUCUAAAGCAUUCCGCAGACAGUAACAGCGCUCGGUUAAAUGCUCAGUUAUCGUUUAAACACUAGGAUUAUUUGCGUAAGUGUUUGAUCGCUCGUUCUGUCGAGUUUAUGGCGUUUUAUGGCUCGUUUUGUCGAGCUUAUGAUAACUUUUACAAUAUUAGGAUUUUCCUACUUUGACGUUAUAUCUGUAAAAUAUGAUAUCGUAAUCAAUAGCAGCUCAUCCCUCCACCAUAGGGUACCGGCAGAGCUGUCUUAUCAUUCUAAUCGAAUUUUUCUUGACUCUGAAGUUUCAGAGUACAUCCGAGACAUAGACAGAGACUCGUGUGAAGAAAUGUGUCUUGACAACGCUGAUUGCGUGGCUGUUGAAUACCGCAACUCUUCUUCAACAACAGUUUGCACACUUAGGGAGAAAAACGCUAAUGGGUUUAAAAUAGUUAAUAUUAAGAAUAGUCAAAUAAUCGUAUUUCUUUCAAAAUUGGCAACUGGAAAAGUUUCUCUGUCAUUGAACCCUGCACGCCUAAAAGGAAACGCCUUUUGGAGUUAUUACACAAGCACUGAACGAAGAUGCAUCAGUGAGUGUAAAGAGAGAGCGGAAUGUGAUGGUUACUGGCACAAUCGGGGCAGGUGUCAUUUGAUGUCAGUUCAAGAUAUGACAGGGAUUGAGUUCGCUUCUUAUGAGUAUGCUGGAUUUCUACCCAGAUCUUAA